AAUACAGGGUCACUUUGUAACAGUAGCGCAUUCUCAUACAACAAUCACACGUAAGCGCAAAGCAAUUCCCUCACUAGCCAAAGUCCAAGUUAUCUCAAACUUCCCAGUUCGAGUCCUUGAGAUCGCUUUAUCUACCUUGAAUAAAUCGAGACUUUUCAAUUUCCCACCCUCUCCGACAUGGGCAAUCGCCUUUUACACCCUGUCGCGGUGCUGCUUGCACUCGCAGCGGCACUGGUGGCCCUGUGGCCAUCUUUGAUGUCAAAACCAGCCCCCGAACAAAUUCGCGGAAAAAACAACACAAUCCUCUUCGUUACAAGUGAGCUACAUGGCCUGGCCAAUGUUCACCUCGCCACAGCAUACGCUCUUCUCGAGUCACAUCCGGAUGCAAAGGUUCACUACGCCUCGUUCCCCAGGUUCGCCAGGAGGGUCAAGCGGGCGUCUGCCCAGGCCCGCAAGCUUAUCCCAGAAGCACCAGAGAUCGCUUUCCACGCCCUAGAUGGCCGAAGCUAUGCCGAGGCCUCACCCUUGACGCAGAUUUCCAGCAGUGAAAAAAUGGUUCACGCUCCCGGUCUGAAGUCUGCAGAGGGGUUUUGUCGUAUUAUGAAGAACGGUCUAUCGCCAUGGCCCGCAGAUGAAUACUAUGACAUGUACUUGUCGAUAAGGAAAAUCAUUGAAGAGGUAGACCCUGCAGUUGUGGUUUUGGAUAUGGUUUUUAACCCGGCAGUCGACGCCACCCGAGAUAUGCACCGAGCUCACGUCAUCCUCACGCCAAAUGCUCUCACAGGCAUUGCACCGGCUGUACAACCGGGCCAUAAAGUGCUUUGGAAAUAUCCUGCGAUGGGAUCCGGUUAUCCAUUUCCUGUUCCGUGGAGUCUCAUUCCCGCAAAUAUAUACUUGAAUUUUCAAACUUUCCGCUGCGUGCUUUCAACCAUUGGCGCUGGCGGUCGAAAGGCAGCCUUAAAGAGCAUGGGAAUACAGAAGCCUCUCGACGUUUUGGGUUUGUACAAGCCAGAUGUCCCGUGGAUCACUCAGACAUUACCAGGCGCACACUUCCCGUUAGACAAUAUUCCACCGAAUGUUGUUUGCGCAGGCCCCAUCAACCUGGCUGAUGUUGGAAAUGAGCGGGAAGAGGGAAGUGACCUUUUAGACUGGGUCAAGAGGGCUCCGACGAUGAUGAUCGCCCUUGGUUCCCACUACCAGUACACUGAACAACGAGCUCGAGUGAUGGUGGACGCGAUCCAACAAGUUCUUGGACAAACUGAUAUACAGGUGCUAUGGAAAGUAGUAUUGCCUGAUGUAAUAGACGAUAGCUUUCUGCACAGUGCGAAGGCAUCAUCGUCAGGUCGCUUCAGGACUGAGAAGUGGCUGGACGUAGAGCCUCCAUCACUGCUCCUAACGGACACAAUGGUAGCGUCGGUUCACCAUGGCGGUUCUGGGUGUUUCCAUGACGCUCUUGCCGCCGGUGUCCCGCAGAUAAUUCUUCCUCUCUGGAUUGAUUUGUACGACUUCGCACAGCUCGUCGACUAUCUCGGCAUUGGUACGUGGGCAUGUCAGGAUACAAGCCCCGAGUGGACAGCGGAAUGCCUUGCCGGCGCUUUCCUCAAGAUUUUGGACAGUGGCAGGAUGGGUGCCGAUAUAAAGCGAAGGGCAAGGGAGUUUGGGGAGCAAGCUCAAGAACAAUCCGGUCGCUCUAUUGCCGCGGAACAAGUGGCCAAGCUAGCGGCUUUAGGCUACUAGCAAGUAAUUAUGUCCAGGAUGACAAGCUGCGAAGGUUGACUGUUAAUGUCCUGUACUUGAAAUGCACGGCAUGCCUAUCUAGCAGGAAAAACAAC